UAAUUAUAACAUGACAUUUUAUUAUAAAAUAAACUGAUAAGUCUAUGCAUAAAUUUAUUGGAACUUUUUAAACGAAAUUAUACAACUUACAAAGAAUUUUAACAUGAAAAUUUUCUUUGCAAAUAUCAUAUUAUUGGUUGUUUUACAACAAACCCGUUCUUUUUUGCUCAAGAACAGAACCGAAUCUACAGUCUCUGAUUUACCCGAGAACACAGCAGAAUCUACAGUCUCUGAUUUACCCGAGAACACAGCAGAAUCUGCAGUCUCUGAUUUACCCGAGAACACAGCAGAAUCUGCAGUCUCUGAUUUACCCGAGAACACAGCAGAAUCUACAAUGUCUGAUGGACCAAAAAGUAUUCCUGAAAAGUCCAUUUCUAAAUGUUAUGAAUGUGGCUUUUUUAAUGGAUGUUACAAAUUUUCUCCAGAUAGUACAGACUUUUAUUGUGAGAAAUGUUAUGAUAAAUUGAAAUUUAUUUAUUAUAGACAUCAUCCAAAAUCUUGGAUGCCUAUCGGUAGCAAUAAAGCUAAUAUACCAUAUUAAUGUUUUUCUCAAAUACAACUUACUAAAUAAAUAAAAAUAUAAUUA